GUGGGAGGGUCACACUGUGUGACUAAUAAGGACAGAGCUGCAUCCCCCUCUACCACUCUUUGGAGACUCACUCCAGCAACUCCUCGGCACUACAGCAGCCCUGUACAGGCAUUUUCAGUGCUUCUGGGGAGACAGACCAAUAAAAAAAUUAAAGAUUUGUAGCUGUUUGUUCACAUGUGUCCAGGGGGAGAUGAAGUACAUCGGACCCUGCAUAGUUUGGCUUUGUAUGGCAGCCUUCCUCCUUCCUGUUUCUACUUCUGUGGCUGUCAGUGACCAGACAGGUGCUGUGUGUCCUUUAAAGAAAACAGUUGCCCGUAAUCUCAAACAAAUCAACAGAGACAGUCAUGGUGUAUCAGGGUUUGAUCUGGCAGAAAGCUUUUCUUUAAGGCAAACAUCCUGUGGAGGGGAAAAGAUCUGUUUUAAACUGGGAAGUGCACCUCUCAUCAGAGAUACAAGGCAAGUAUUUCCAAAUGGGCUUCCUGAAGAAUACUCCCUAAUUGCCACGUUCCGUGUACGGAGAAGUACCAAGAAAGAGCGUUGGUAUAUAUGGCAAGUUUUAAAUCAGUAUGACACACCUGAGAUUUCUGUCCUCCUGGAUGGUACAAAAAAGGUGGUGGAGUAUAUGACCAAAUCCACUCAGGGAAAUAUACUGCACUACACUUUUAAGAGUCGAGAAAUUUAUCCAUUGUUUGAUCGGCAGUGGCAUAAGCUUGGUAUUAGCGUGCAGUCAGGGAUCAUUUCCCUCUAUUUGGAUUGUAAUUUAAUUGAGAGAAAGCAGACUGAUGAAAAAUUCACCAUUGACUUGCAGGGAAGGACACUGAUUGCUUCUCGUGCUGCGGAUGAUAAGCCUGUAGAUAUUGAACUUCACCACAUAGCAGUAUAUUGUAAUUCACAACUUGCAGCAGAAGAUACGUGUUGUGAAAUAUCUGCAGACUUGUGCCCACGUGAGGAGAGGUUACUGGCUACGACUCCAUCACCAGUGACUGCUCAUGCCAGCAAGAUAUACUCGCUUCCAGGAAUGCAGCAAGAACCUACACAGAGAUGCUACUGCUUUCCAAAUAAAGGAGAAGCAGGAUUGCCAGGAGUAGCUGGUUUACCAGGCCAGAAAGGAGAGAAAGGUGAAAAGGGUGAGAUGGGUGUGAAAGGACCGGACGGUGUUGCUGGUCUGCCUGGUGAAAAGGGUGAACGUGGCUUUCCAGGUAGUAAAGGUGAAGAAGGUGAAGAGGGUGAAAAAGGAGAUAAAGGAGAACCAGGACCAGAAGGCCUUCCUGGAACUGAGGGACUAAAAGGUGAUCCUGGUAGUCCUGGUGUGGCUGGUCCAAAAGGAGAAAAGGGAGAUGCAGGACCUCCAGGACCGGCUGCCUUGAGUGGUUUGCUGGAGGGUCCCCAAGGUCCACCUGGCAAAGAAGGUCAAAGGGGGAGACGAGGCAAACCAGGCCUUCCAGGAAAACCGGGGCCACCAGGACCUCCUGGUCCUUCUGGACUAAAAGGAAUUCUGGAUUCAUUGAACAAGCAUUAUAAUGAGAGUGAUACAAGACUACUAGGAGUACUUGGGACCCCUGGACUUAAAGGGCAGAAGGGAGACAUUGGUCAAAAAGGAGAAUUGGGAAUGACUGGCGCAAAAGGAGAAAAGGGAGAACCUUCUGAAAAAGGGGACAAGGGAGAUCCAGGAGAGACUGGAAUGGAGGGAUCAAAAGGAAAUAAGGGUGAAAUGGGAGAUCCUGGACCACCUGGUCUUAUUGGAAAUCCAGGAUCAAAGGGACUGCAAGGCCCUCCAGGACCUGUCGGACCCAGGGGACUGCCAGGAGAAGUUGGCUUACCGGGAGAGCCUGGGAUACCAGGAAACCCAGGAAUUAAAGGAGACAAGGGUGACCCUGGUGGAAUUAUGGGACCUCCUGGUCAUCCAGGUCCAAAAGGUGAUAUGGGGCCUCCUGGACCAAGUCUGCCUGGAAGACCAGGUCCCACUGGUGUUCCUGGAAAUCCAGGUCCAAGGGGGCCAAAGGGAGAAAGAGGACUACCUGGUGUACAGGGAGCACCUGGGGAGAUGGGGCCACCUGGAAUAGGCAUUCAGGGAUCACCAGGUCCUAUAGGUCCAACUGGAUCAGCAGGUGUGCAGGGUCCUAGGGGACCUCCAGGAUUACCAGGAACUCCAGGUACUCCUGGAAUUAAUGGCACUCCAGGAAGAGAUGGAAAGCCAGGACUACCAGGCCCUCCAGGUGAUCCUGUUGCACUUCCACUUGUGGGAGACAUGGGUGCUAUACUGAAGGGCGAUCCUGGCACAAGAGGUCCUCCAGGCAUUCCUGGUAGAGAAGGACCAAAAGGAAGCAAAGGUGAACGUGGAUUUCCUGGGCUUGCAGGAGAAAAGGGUGAUGAGGGUCUUCAAGGUGCUCCUGGACUGCCGGGUAUACCAGGACCAAGCGGCCCAUCUGGAGUCCCAGGAAGACCUGGACAUCCGGGUCCAGCAGGAGCAAAAGGAGAAAAGGGUAGUGAAGGUUCUCCUGGGAACCCUGGACCACCUGGGCCUCCGGGUAUGCCUUACAAUGAAAGAAAUGGAAUGAGCAGCUUAUAUAAACUGCAGGGAGGUGUGAGUGUCGCAAGUUACCCAGGUCCACCAGGACCUCCAGGUCCAAAAGGAGAUCCUGGAACAGCGGGAGACCCAGGACCAAUGGGAUUGCCAGGACUGGAAGGACUCCCAGGGGAAAAGGGUGACCGUGGACCAGCCGGCGCACCAGGAGUAUCAGGGACACCGGGAAAGCCAGGAUCUCCUGGGUCCCCAGGGAUGCCAGGAGAACCUGGUGAAAGAGGACCUAAUGGAGAGAUAGGCUUCCCUGGUCCAGAAGGGCCACAAGGAAAACCAGGAAUCAAUGGAAAAGAUGGAUUGCCAGGUCCUCCGGGUGCUGUGGGGAGACCAGGAGACAGAGGACCCAAAGGAGAACGUGGAGAUCAGGGUAUUCCGGGGGAUAGAGGUCCACAGGGUGAACGAGGGAAACCUGGCCCAUCAGGAGAAAAGGGGGAUGUGGGUCCUGUUGGUCCUCCAGGAGACAGAGGCUACCCAGGAUCACCAGGUCAUCAAGGUCCCCCAGGUUCACCAGGACCCCCAGGGUUUUCAGCUGAUGCAAUUUCACUUGAAGAAAUAAAAAGAUAUAUCAAACAAGAGGUUCUUAAGGUUUUUGAAGAAAGGAUGGCUCAAUUUGUAUCCCAGCUGAAGCUGCCUGCUGCAAUGCUUGCCUCCCAAGCUCAUGGAAAACCAGGGCCCCCAGGAAAAGAUGGGUCACCAGGGCCACCAGGAAAGGACGGUUUGCCAGGACCACCAGGAGAACGUGGAAUUCAAGGUUAUAGAGGACAGAAAGGGGAAAGAGGCGAGCCUGGAAUUGGACUGCCUGGUAACCCUGGACCACCUGGCCCUGCAGGACCUGAGCUGGAGCACUGGGAACUCUGUUGAGACUAAACAUUCAUGUCCCUCGAGGAGGCUCCAGCACACCUUCUGAAAAGGGUCUGCCGUGCACCAAGAAUGCUGCCUGCAAUUUCACAGUCGCAUCCAAGAUGGAAAAGAAGGAAACAAAGAUGUGUUUAUGAUCUCCUUAUCCCAUCCAACAAUGAGCUUCAGACUGACUGGAAAAUCACCAGCUCCAGGAAGUGUCUCUCCUGACUGGAUUUUGUCCCAGCUGGGGGCUUAUAUGUUCCUUUAGUCAUGGUUAAAUAUACCCCAGAUAUUAAAUGCAAGAGGCUGCUCGUGGUGUUCUGAACUGAGAACUGGCACACCUUCCAACCAUUACAUGGACUGAAUAAGGAUACUAAGGCCUGUAAUCAAACUACUCUGCCAUUAAAUCUGCCUACAGCAAAGGUGACCCCUCACUUUAGAGCAGAGGCUGGUAAGUAGGCAGUUCAAGAAUGGAACUUCAGAAGCCUCUAAUCUUGGUGGUGGCACUGUUUUCCUCUACCUCCUGCAAUAUUCACAUGCUGAAAUAAGCUUCAGAAGAACAUGGAAUCUGCAGAGUGCAAAAGUCACAGAUCCUGUUAACUGGUGGCAGAAAAUUUCUUGAGUUCAAGAGAAAUUUGGAAAAAAAUACAAAACCCUCCUUGAAAGGUGUACUACUGAGAGCAACAGCAUCCAGUUUUCAGGCAUUUAGUAAAGGCUACAGGAACAGAUGUCAAUGAUGAACAAAACAGAACAAUGUAUAAAUCCUGUAGAGCUCAAAGGGUUGAGCAAAAGAAAAGCUGGAGAAUAUUGAUCACACAGAGGCUGAUUCUAAAAAGGAGGGAGUAGAAGUGGCCAAAAUUUCACUUCUGAUUAUUAGGAAACAGAUGAUCCUAGGUUAGUCCUGUGGAAUUUUGUACAGUGCAAUAGAAAGUGAAGGUGCUAUUAAGAGAAAAGAGACAUCUAUAACCUACAAUCUCAAAAUGCAUCUGUAGUACAAAGCCAUACUGAGGGCUCUUACCCCAUGGUUAGGAAGUCAAUCACUCUCCCACAUCAGGCAGGGAAGUGGUUUUGAUGACUUUGUGCUUGAGCAGUACUGAGCUGCCGGGGAAAUGUCUUCAAAUUGGAAGUGCUGGCUUCCAGAGAAGCUGUUGUGAUACAUGAAUCUGGCUGGCUUCUGGGUUUUGCUUAGAAACAGUUAAGGAAUGACUGGUGGGAGUCUUUAGCAAAAGAUGCACAUUGGUAUUUGUUCUGAAUAAACAGAGUUCCUAGCACUUGCACCCAGAGCAGAGGAGCAAGAUGAGAGCAAGAGGUGACAGAGUUAACCCAGGCAGCUGAGGCACUCAGGAUGCUUUCUGAGAGGGAGUGCACACAUCCCUGACAAGUUCAUUGGUUAGGUGUUUAGAGGGCAGAAGGUGCUUGCUACAAAAGGAUGGUAAAGGAAACACAGGUGUGGAAGGCUGAGAGUAAACACUUGGAACAGAAGAGGGCAGCAGGAAUGAGAACAACAGAAAACCUGUGGCAUGAAAAUAUCUCCUGUAGGAACUGCAAUACACCCUGCAGCUGGGGACGCCUUGGGGGCUCAGGGUGCUUUAUCUGUUCCUUAUGAGAAUAGGGAGAGGCAGGUCAUAGCCCACGAGUGAACCCAGUCCCCAUACCUCCUGUUCUUCUCACCCACCUCAUUCCUCAGGAGGCAAUGGCUGCCCCUUCUCCAGGCCAGCUCAUCCUCUGUUCUGCAGGCAGCGGGCGCCUGUCCCGCCACAGUGAAGGGGUAUUUGGGACAAGUGGUCCUGCCUGAGCUUAGCUCAACACAUGCUGCUCCCACUCCAGAACUGAUGUGCCCAUGGAGCAUGUUGUAGUUUGCUCUGUGGAAUUGAUCACCUUUCCAGAUCUGGUCCUCACAGCACCGAGGCUGUGGGAAGUGCUGGGCAUGGUGAGGCAGCUUGAAACCGAGCACUGAGGCACUGACUACUGUGCAAGCCAUGGGUCUGCCCGCCCAGAGGGUAAAGCCUUGCACCAGCACAUGUCUCAGUGUCUAAACAUGGACACCAGAGGUGGAACAGCACCACAUCCUGGUUUCCAUUCUCUGAAAGGAACUGCUGGUCAGGUAUCUUGCAUGAACAUUUUCUCUUUUUUUUUCUUUUUUUUUUUUUUUUGUUACUUCUCUAGUAAUUCCAAUAUAUGUAAUAACCUAAACAUUUUUUACUUCAUAAGUUAAUUAUGAACUUCAUUUUCUGUGAUAAUAUUAAAAAGGGUGCUGUCUUGUGGUAGUAUUUGUGUGACUUAGAGGUUCCCAAGCAGCCCUGUCCUGGAAGGCUGUACAUAGACCAUUGCACCGCAUUAGUGGUAUUUGUAUAUUUUGGGGCUUUUAGCUUGCUGAAACCCAGCAUCUCUUAUCUGCCAAAUGGAAUUGCUGUAUUUUAAUUUACUUGAACUUAUUGGAAAGCAGAACACUUUUUAUAUUUGAAGAAGUUUUAUUUUUUCAUCUAUGUUUCCUACAGAUGCCUUUUUCUUUUUAUAGGCUCAAACAUAAAGGUUUUUCUAAAAUGUCUUUGAACGCUUUCAGUUGAUUUGCAGGUAACUUUGGUAAUUAUCUUGUUGCAUUAUUUUUAUUUUGCUAAAAGCCCACUUUAAUUUUCUCAUGUGAGAAAAUGGGUAUAUUUUAUAUGGGCUAUCUUGAUACCUAUUUUAAGAUGCCACAUUUGUCACUGGGGUAGAACAGAGCUAAUCCCAGUUUAACUUUACUUCACACUGGCUUGCUCCUACUUUGCAUUUUUAGAAUUGAAAGUGGAAUGUAGCUGGAAACAUGUUUCUGCAAGGUUUCCAGGUUUGGCCCCUGAAAUUUCUUUGCAGAUUCAGACUGAUGUUGUCUUAGCUUUUGGGCAGGAAGACAGGGAGGGAAGAGGGGGUGCUAAUGUAUUUUGCUAUUUGCUUUAUUAGUUUUGUAUCUGUUUGGAGCAGUUCAUGCUGCAGUAAGCACUGCAAGGAAAUAAACACAAGGGAUUAUUUUUUCCAGUAGCAUAAGGUCUUUUAUUCUGCUUUGGGUUUGUUUAUGUGCAACGAGACUCAGAAGUGAAAUAACUUUGACAAAAUGCUUCAAACCUUUCUUAAAAGCUCUCUAAGCUUUAUCCUAACUUCAGGGUCAGACUAUUAUAUUUUAUGGCAAGUUGCUUUAUCGCCUAUUAAGAACGUGUUGGGAUUUUCUUUAAAUAGCUAUGUACAGAACUGCUCAGUUUGCCCAAAGAAAGUAAAGAAACUUGCUAAGAGGGAAGCUUUCCCGAGGCUGCAGCAGAUCUCCUGCUGUCCACGUGGUGGAGUGCAAAACACCCUUUCAGUACAAAGGUUACAGCCCAGGCAUAACUCGCCCAGCAGCGCAAGAGCUGACCCGGCCAUGCAAAUUCUUACAGCACAACAGUCAGUGUUUCUGAUUUUGUUCUUGAGACUGACUUUUUUCUAUUUUCUUUUUUUAAAUCUCUUUAGUUUUUCACGGCAGUAUUUGCAGAACUACUGCCUUUCUUGGAUAAUUAUUGCCAGAUAAUAUUGCUAAGACUUCAUUUGUAUUUAUUAUUAUCUUGCGUUUUGUAUAUGUUACAAAAGAAUAUGUAGUGGUGGGACAUCUGACUUUCAGGCAUCAUUGGUGUCCCCUGCAAUGAUGUUUGUCUCCAGGGGAGGAGGGACUCACCUGUGGUUAGUAAAAACUACAACAGCAUCCUGUGUACAGCUGGGCAGCAGUGCAGCCUGGCAACGUUUUGAGAACCAAUAUUCUUAUCUUAAAGUGGAUUUGGUUUCAAUGCUAAAAGAACACUGUGAUACAGAAACAGGAUUGAUUCUCCAUCCUUCCCUUAUGUUUUAUGAUUGUGGGUUACGACAGAUGUUAGAUAUGCACAUCUUAGUUAAAUAAGUGGGGUUUUUAAUUAAUGGAUAAUCAUACAAAAUAUUUUAGAUCUUCUUUUUCACAAGGGUGAAAUGUUAUUUUUAAUGUCUGCGUAUGCUCAUUUUUUUUUUUUUUUCCUGAAAUGUUUAUAUGAAAGUCUCAUAAAAACCCCACUGGCUAAAUUAGCAUUUUAUAAACUUGUUUCUCCAAAUAGACUAUGUAAAACCAGUCCCUAAUCUUGCAUUUUAUGAAGGCAGUAGAACUGCUGCUAUAAUGUGAGAUGUUAGAACAAGAAAAGUAACUCAGAAAUCAAAGCAUUGCUGGUUUGGGGCGUGUUUUUAUUGAGUUUUUCAUCAUUUCUGGAUGUACCAAGGCAUGCAAAUUUUUCUUGAAAUCUGAUAUGUCCACUACAAUUCAAUUGUACUGGAUGGAUGUUUAAAUCACCUCCAUGCACGUAGGUGAGUGUAGGCCAUGCAGAACAAGUUUAACCCUGACCUUGUCAUGGUUGGUAUUUAAG